AUAUAGUACAGUAAAUUUUUAUAUUUUGUGAACUAUAUUAAUUGUGCUAUGAGAGAGAUUGUACUUCUAUAAGGUGCUAUAUAUUGGACUCUAUUUACGGGGAUUAAUUCAAGUACUUGCGAAUAGGAAAAAUAAUGAAAGAACAAAAUAAAAAUGAACCGAAUGAGUUCCAAUCUAUGCGAACUAAUGCAGAAAAACCAUUAGGUGAACAGAAAUGUGCGGUGCGACGUCAAGAACUUAUGGUUAUACUCGGUAAUGUUGGCAUACUUUCGUUUGGUAUAGCCUUAGGUUUACCCACAGUUACAUUAAGACAAUUUACAGACCCCAAAGAAGCCAUACACUUAACAAUACAACAAGAUUCAUGGUUCGCUUCCUUAAACUUGCUCUCAAGUCCCAUGGGUGGAUUGCUUUGCGCACUGCUGCUAGAUAGAUUUGGACGAAAGCGUACUUUAUACUCACUCAAUGUAUUGGCUAUUACUGCAUGGAUGCUGAUGGCGUUAUCCAUACAAUUCAGUACUGAAACUGCCUAUUUGAUGAUAAUGAUGUCACGAUUUGUUAUAGGUUUAUCAAAUGGUAUGUCUGGUGCUCCGGUAGGAGUAUAUGCAGCAGAAAUAAGUAUGCCCAAAAUACGUGGUCGGCUUAUAUUGGGCACAUCGAUUGCUGUAGCCUCUGGUAUUACAUUAAUUUAUUUAUUAGGAUUCUUCAUACGUCAUGACUGGCAAUUAAUUGCUUUGAUAUGUAGUGGUUAUCAAAUUGUUUCUUUACUCUGUGUUAUACCAAUGCCAGAAACUCCUAGUUGGUUGAUUUCUAAAGGACGUAUUGCAGAGGCAAAGGCAUCCAUGAAUUAUUUUAGAGGGUUGGAAAAGUCUGCUUUAAUUACAAAUACAGAAGUUGAAGUAGAAUUUAAUAUUUUAAAAAAUUCAAUACAAUUAGAUGUGGGAGGACAAAAUCCAUCAUUUUUCCGUUCAUUGAAAUUACCCGAGGUGUAUAAACCCUUACUAAUUCUAAUAACGUUUCUAGCUUUCCAACAGGCAACUGGUGUUUUAGUGAUAAUCGUUUAUGCAGUUCAAAUUUCAACAGAAGCUGGUGUCACAAUAGAUCCAGUUUUAUGUGCUGUACUUAUUGGAGUUACACGUGUAUUGAGUAUUUUACCAAUGGGAAUAAUUUUAGAAAAAUUAGGUCGAAGACGUUCUGGCAUAAUAUCAGCAAUAGGAAUGUGUUGCUGUAUGUUUCUUUUAGCUGCCCAAAGCUGGUGUGAGUGGUUAAACAAGGUGCCACUUCUGCCUGUCAUAACACUUGUAGGGUUUAUAAUGCUUAGCACACUCGGUUUAUAUACACUGCCAUUUUUUAUGAUCUCAGAACUAUUUCCACAACAAGUACGUGGUCCUGCUUCUGGAAUAACCGUAGCUGUGGGUUUAUUUUUGUCAUUUGUCUGUAUCAAAACUUAUCCAUUUAUGAAGGAAGCAAUUGGCAAUAAAUAUUGUUUUGUGGUUUAUGGUGUGAUGGCCUUUUUAGCUACAAUAUUUGUAUAUCUCUUUUUGCCAGAGACUCGAGGACGUACAUUGCUUGAAAUUGAAGAAGAUUUUCGCCGUAAAUGGUACGAAAAUCAUGUUUACCAGUGUCAAAAGAAAUACACGAAGUUUUUAUUAAAUAAGCAAACAAGCCAUUAUGCGUCAAAUACUUAAUAUGGUAACUCUAGAUUUCAAAAAUGGAAAUGAUUAUGAUUUCAUAGUUAU